GCCGCCAAAAAAAAAGAUAACAGAAGAAAUUUUUGAAAAGAUCUGAGAUCUUAAAAUAUUGAAGAUCGAAAUCAAAUUUACCAACAAUUUUGAUUAUAUUCCUUUCAAUUUAUGCGUAUUUUGAUGGUACAUUAUAUUGAAAAUGAUAAUCGAUUGCCAAGUUCGUUUAGUUGCUCUUUCACCAAAGAAUUCAUUCACACGUCCUGUGCAGUCAAAUAUCUACUUAGGAAUAAGAAAAAGUCAUAUUCAAGAACCUAGACUGGUCUUAGUAACAAGAAGCAGUAUAAUUGAAUUCAAGCUCAUUGAAAAUGUGAAAAGAGUGUAUCAGAAUGAGAUCAAAGAUGGGAAAGUUGGCAUCGAAUUUCGAGCACCGCCUCAUCAACUUCUUAUCAUCUCCACUUUUGAGGAUUUAAGCCGUUUUAUCGGCCUCCUGAAGAAACUAGUCAGUAGAAAGAUUGUGGAAAACAUGGAUUACAUACCAGUCAUUCCUGCACCAAACAAACUAAAAUUACAAACCACCUCGAAGUUUUCUAAAAAUUCCACUAGCAGUACAGUAUUGGAUAAAUGCUCUCCAUCGGCACCGAUACACAAUGCACGAAACCGAUGGAGCAAACUAGAUGAAAAUCUGCAAGUUUUAGAACUUCCCAACAGUAAUAUUUCGAAAAUACCGAGAAAACUAGGACGAAUUAGUGUACAGCGUAUUAAUUUAGAAGGCAAUGCAAUAACUGACGCGAAUCUGGCAUGGCUAGAUGAAAUGCCAAUUAGACAGUCCUUAGGGUUUUUAAAUUUAGCUGGAAAUAAGAUAAAAUCAUUUCCGUCUGUUUUAAUUGACUAUUCAUCAUUACAUGCGUUAAACUUGAGAAACAAUUGUAUAAAAUACAUACCAGGAGGAAUAGGUCAAUUAGGAAGACUGAGGAUUUUUAAUCUAUCUGAAAACAACUUGAGAUUUCUACCUGCGAGUAUCACGAUGCUAAAACUCGAAGAAAUAGACCUGACGUAUAAUUAUUUAACGAAUAACACUCUACAACAUAUUCCUAAUCCUUCCAAAGAUAAUAUUAUACCUUCCUUACGUUUACAAGAUUUAGCAGCAAGAGCAGUUAGAGGACUUGAAAGACGUAAAUUAUCGUAUGAAAGCUGCCCGAUUAGAUUACUGGAUAGAUUGCGGUGUUCAUCUCUUUGUAUUUGUGGAGCCAAGUCAACUCCUUACAAACCAGCCCAAUACUAUAAAGCUCUGUUAGGUGUUAAAUUCGCUAUGAGCAGCAAAAUUCAUCCUCAGAAAAGUGAUUUCCAAGAAGGCCCUAUUCGAAGUAUUCAGAAUAAAGGAAAUGGAAUUGGGAAUAUAUUUUUACAUUACCACUUUUGCACUUAUGCUGAUCGCUGUGAAAAAGUAAAAAAUCAAAAUUAUCAAUCGCAGCACAGUGCUUACCAAUUGACUGAAGGAUAGAAACGUUUCAGUAAAUGUAUUUUUUAAUUCCAGCUGUGAUCCUAGAAUAACAAUAGUAAUUCGUUUUUGUCUCAUUCUUGUCUCACAUUGACAUAGGUAAUUUCGUAAUGACAGGAAACUUAUUUUUCCAUUCCAAUUUGAAAAAGAUACUUUUUAUUUUCGUAUUCGUAGUUUUUAAUCGCGUAUAGAACACAAGUGUGUAAAAUUAGCAUUCAUAAUAAAUAAAUAUUGAUUUUUUUA